AUGGAGCUAAAAAGUGACGAUCAUAUGCUACCGCCAGAUAGAAUUGCAGGUGAGUGUGUCGAUGGAAGCAGUAGGCUGGUGAGGUUUUUAUUAGGCUGUAGAAGUUAUGAUUGCAGUAAUGCGUUCUCGUUAGAGCACAAUGCACCAGGCAGUAGUGGUGGAGUCAGUAACCCCGUCCUAACGGAGCUCGCCCUAUACUCGAUCCAACUCGCGAACUUCGUCGCCGUCAUCGCGUUGCAAUUGUCGUGCAUUGGCUUACUAAUGCUAUUCCAACUGUAUUCUGAACGCAUAUACGUACUUGGUACGCGUCUAGCUCAAAUUUCCUUAUUUCACACAUCUAUAUAA